AUGGCGGAUACUCGAAAUCAAGAAGAGCUUGACAACCAAGCAGAAGUCAUUUCCCAGCAUUUGCAUCCCCGAUUUACCGGAGCGUGUGAGGCCAUUACUGAAGAUGGCGAUGGUGGGCGUGAUGCAAACAGUGCAGGCAACGAUGAGAACCAACAAUCCUCUCUCAAACUGCAAGGCGGGGAUAUUCAUCGCGACAUCUAUCGUAUUGAAGCUCGUUCGAAACGGGCCGGAUUGAAUCAGCGCGCAGCAACUUUCUCCUACUCCCCAAGGCUGGAAGCAGACGAUGAUCCAGAGAGCACGAUACGAAAUGAGCCAGGGGCGUUUCGUCGGCAGUUUUUGGCUCGUUCUCAGCGUGGCGUCACCCACAUAUCUACGCCAAAGAGCUUCGUGGACUUUUUACAACUAUACGGCAGGUUCGCCGGUGAAGACCUGGCUGAGUCGGAAGAUGAGACAGAUGCUGAAACAAUCGGGGCACCGGUUGAUGAAGCAGAGGGGGAAAGGAGACCACUGCUUGCCCGUCAUGAAAGCUCUCGAGGGGACGCGUCAGACGUAAAAACUUUCUUCACACUCCUCAAGGCGUUCAUCGGAACCGGCAUCAUCUUUCUUCCCAAGGCUUUCAGCAACGGCGGCAUACUCUUUUCAUCUGUUGCUCUUAUCGCGGUCUCGAUAAUGACCACUACCUGUUUUCACUUGCUGCUAGAAUGCCAAAGACGGUAUGGCGGCGGCUACGGCGAUAUUGGAGAAGCUAUAUCCAGCACGCAUCUUCGCUCCUUGAUUCGUGUUUCGAUCACUACGUCGCAGCUUGGGUUCGUGUGUGCCGCCAUCGCUUUUACUGCGGACAACCUGCUUUCAUUUGUGGAGGGCGUGGCGACCGAUUAUAUCCGCACACCGUCAUCCAUUUCUUUUAUCAUCGCGCUACAAUUAGUUGUUCUCGUGCCUCUCGCCUUCAUUCGCAAAAUCUCCCGUCUCGGAGGAGUAGCUUUACUUGCAGAUGUCUUCAUCUUCAUCGCCAUUGGGUACAUAUACUACUCCGAUCUUUCAAAAUUUUCUCGCGAUGGCCUAGAGCCCACUGUCAGACUGUUCAACCCUAACAAAUUCAUCCUAAUGAUCGGGUCGUCCGUGUUCUUGUUUGAGGGUAUAGGGCUGGUCCUCCCUAUCCAAUCUUCGAUGUCACACCCACACCAUUUUGGCCGCAUCCUCAACACCGUCAUGGCCCUUAUCACUUUUCUUUUCGCUUCUGUCGGAGUGCUCUCAUACGGGGCAUUUGGCAGCGAUACAAAGAUCAAUAUCAUCAGCAAUUUCCCGCAGACAAACAAUUUCGUCAACUUCGUUCGGUUGUCUUUCUCACUGGCUAUUCUUGUGGGCACACCAAUGCAGCUGUUCCCUGCUGUGAGGAUUUUGGAAGCAAGGAUAUUCGGGCGCAAAUCUGGCCAGCGAGCCCCUCUCAUCAAGUGGAAAAAGAAUAUGUUCCGGACCGGCCUUGUCGUUCUUUGUGGCUUGAUUGCAGCACUAGGUGCCAGGCAAUUGGAUAAAUUCGUUGCCUUGGUGGGAUCCGUUUUGUGUGUUCCCUUGAUCUUUGUUUAUCCGGCGUAUCUGCAUUGGAAAGGUAUUGCGAAUAAUCGGUGGGCAAAAGGACGAGAUAUAGUGAUUAUUGCGCUGGGGAUUGUCUGCAUGAUCUAUACCACUCUCGUGACUGUGUUUCUAGAGUCCUGA